AUGGAACAAAGAGGACAAUGCAAAUCGUGGAGGAAACGGUGCUGGUUUUUCCUCAUGGUGGUUUUGGACGUAUUAUGGAACGGAGCUUUUGCGCAGAUCAGAUAUUCGAUAUCCGAGGAGGUUGAAGAUGGAACUGUGGUCGGGAAUAUAGCUAAAGAUUUGGGACUAGAUAAGAGUGCGCUAAAAGACAGAGGAUAUCGCAUUGUCACAGGCUCGGCUGAACCUCUGUUUCAGGUGAAUCAAAAUGAUGGCGUCCUGUAUGUGAAGAGAGGAAUAGAUAGAGAGGAGGUGUGCGAACGGACCAGCCCGUGUUUGAUCCAGCUGAAAACCGUGCUAGAAAACCCGCUGGAGAUCCACUAUGUGACGGUGGAAAUACUCGACAUAAACGAUCACUCGCCCGUGUUUCCAGAGAAAGAAAAGCGGCUCGAGAUUUCCGAGUCGGCUCUAGCAGGGGCGAGAUUUCAACUGCAAGCGGCGCGGGACCCCGACGUAGGCCAGUUCUCCAUUCAGCAAUACAAACUCAGCCAUAACGAGUAUUUCAGGGUAGAAGUCAAAGAUCGAGGCGAGGACCGUAAAGUGCCAUUUUUAGUUCUGCAGAAGCAGCUGGAUAGAGAAGCAGCAGGGAAACAUAAGCUACGUCUAACGGCGGUUGAUGGAGGAAAACCGGUGAAGUCUGGUAAUAUAGAAAUAAUUGUGGACGUACUUGAUAUUAAUGAUAACUCGCCCGUGUUCACAAAGGAGCUGUAUUCUGCCACUCUUAAAGAAAACGUUCCCGUUGGCACUGUGGUGAUUCAGGUUAAUGCAACUGAUUCGGACCAGGGUGCAAAUGGCGAAAUAAUAUAUUCGUUUGGUAACGAAGUUGAUUUGAAAGUAAUGGAUUUAUUCAGUAUCGACCCAGACACUGGUGAGAUUCAAGUAACAGGUCCGAUAGAUUUUGAGAAGAGCAAAACUUAUGAAAUUGAUAUAAAAGCAUCAGAUAAGGGACAAAGUCCACUCACAACUGACAAAAGUGUUACGAUAACUGUUGUUGAUGUUAAUGAUAAUGCUCCCGAGAUAGAGGUGACUUCGUUUUCAAGCUCCAUCAAGGAGGAUUCAAAAAUAGGAACAACAGUUGCCCUCAUUAGUGUCGGUGAUUUAGACUCUGGAAUCAACGGUAAAAUCAUUUGCUCAAUCAAAGAUGAUGUUCCCUUCACUCUUUCUCCAUCGCUGCAAGAAAACAUGUUCGCUGUUGUCACCAGGUCACAGCUGGACAGGGAAGUUAUUUCUCAAUAUGACGUCACCAUUACUGCAAAAGAUACAGGCGAACCUUCGUUUUUAACUGAAAAGACUAUUAGCGUCGUUGUAUCAGAUGUGAAUGACAACAGUCCAGAGUUUUCAUCGAGCCCCUAUACGUUUUAUAUCACUGAGAAUAACAGUCCCGCAGCCUCAGUGUUUUCAGUAAAAGCCUCUGAUCGUGACGAAGGCGAUAAUGCUCUCGUUUCAUAUCAUAUUUUGAGAGAUGUUAGCGGGGAUAAAUUGUCCUCGUUUCUAAAUAUGAACCCUGAGAACGGAGACAUCAUGGCGCUAAAAAGUUUUGACUUUGAAACAGUCAAAACUUUCAAGUUCCACGUUGUCGCGUCAGAUUCUGGAACUCCGUCACUGAGCAGCAACGUCACGGUGAACGUGUUCAUUCUGGAUCAGAACGACAACGCUCCAGUCAUCCUGUAUCCAGUCAGCUCCAACGGUUCUGCUGAAGGUGUGGAGGAG